UCCCGAGCAAAACAGAAGCAGCAGCAGCAGCAGUGCAGAAACAAUGGAGACGACAUUUGAUCUUUUUGGAAAUACACUCUCAACACCAGUUGCAACUCCAGUCAAGGCCGGCGAAAAACCUCAUUUUGGUUCCACGACGAGCCUACAUCUUCUUGGAAGACCCCUGCCAGGCUUGGCCGCCGAAAUGAAAUGUAAAUCAGUGACCGACAUCAGGCUUGCUGCGGCCCGAGAGAAGCAAGCAGCACUAAGUCGGGCAUCAUCUUCGGAAGUACUCAAUCAACUGUGAGC